GCGGAGCCGUGUAGCAGAGAAGCGCCUUCCCCUCCCUGCUUCCCGUGGCCGAGCCGGGGACGCGCGCGCGCGGCCGUCAGGAGCGGGCUCUCCACCCCUCCACUCCCGCGACCCGCACCGCACCCCCACCCGGGCUCGGAGGAUGAUGAAGCUCAAGUCGAACCAGACCCGCACCUAUGACGGCGACGGCUACAAGAAGCGGGCCGCGUGCCUGUGUUUCCGCAGUGAGAGCGAGGAGGAGGUGCUGCUGGUGAGCAGUAGUCGCCAUCCAGACCGAUGGAUUGUCCCUGGAGGUGGCAUGGAGCCUGAGGAGGAGCCAAGUGUAGCAGCAGUCCGUGAAGUUUGCGAGGAGGCUGGAGUAAAAGGGACAUUGGGAAGAUUAGUUGGAAUUUUUGAGAACCAGGAGAGGAAGCACAGGACGUAUGUCUAUGUGCUGGUUGUCACAGAAGUGCUGGAAGACUGGGAAGACUCAGUUAACAUUGGAAGGAAGAGGGAAUGGUUUAAAAUAGAAGAAGCCAUAAAAGUGCUUCAGUAUCACAAACCCGUGCAGGCGUCGUACUUUGAGACGUUGAGGCAAGGCUACUCCACCAACAACGGCACCCCGGUCGUGGCCACCACGUACUCGGUUUCUGCUCAGAGCUCCAUGUCAGGCAUCAGAUGACUGAAGACUUCCUGUAAGAGAUGGAAAGUGGAAACUAGACUGAAGCGCAGACCUCCCCCUCCCCCGGCUCUUCUCACCUCUCCUCACAGGCCUCCUCUUUCAAUGUGGCAUGAUGGGCAGCAGAGCAGGGGUGCUGGUGACGUUGCUGUUUGGUGUUAAGUGAUGGGGCUUUUCCUUCUUUUUAUUGAGGGGGUGGGGGCUGGGUGUGUGAUCGUAAGUACCUUUGUGCAUGACCUGUCCCUCCCCUCCACACCCGGCACUCUCUGAAGGGGGGCAAAGAGCUUUCUCCACUUGGGGUUCUGAAGUGUUCCUGUCUCAUCCCAGCCCUGGCCAGACAUUUUCUUUGAUUUUUAAUUUUUUUAUUAAAAUAUACCAAUGUGAGAUGAAACUUUUCAAGAAUUUGUCCUAUAAUGUGCUGUUCAGUCCAGUAGGUCGGUCACUUUCACUGCAGGCUGCAUUUAUCUACACAUUAUAUACUGGACAUAUAAUAUGUAAAUAAAUGACUUUUGGAAAGAAUUUAACCAUUGAAUUUUUCAAGGUUUUGGGGUUUUGAUUUAGGGAUGUUUCUGGUGUGGAGACCCUAAUAGUUAAUUGACAUUUUAUUUUUGAUGCUAGGGGCUAGGUACAUUUCCCUGCCCUCUCUCCAUUCCCCAGUUGGAACUGUCAUUCCCUAGGUGCAGGAGGAAUUCGGCCACCUUCAUAGCGCUCCCAGGACUCACGGUCUUCUCUUCAAGCUGCGUCUCCAUGCUAAGGAAGAAACCUUUUUUUUAAUUACCAGUCCAGGAGCAAAUGGCCUCAGCCUAGACCCAGAGAAACAAUGGUAGCAAUUGCAUUCUGGCCUACAUGUCAACAGUAGGUUUUGAACUGGAUUCUUGGGAUUACGAUCUUGAAAACUGGAGCAUCAAGCCCUGCUUCUGCCCUGCCAGCUGGGGAUCUUUCCGCGGUGCUACGUCCUGCCCACAACAGCCUCUCUUCUCGCUGUGUGGGCCUCACACCGCGCUGAAUGGGCAUCAUCCUGGGCUCUUGGAGCAGCCACAACUGAACUUUGCAAGUGCGGCCCUGCUCAGUCCUGUCUCCACACAUGGUAACCUUGUUGAGGUCCUGAAAGGUACCCAGAGGAAAGUAUGUGUACUUGUCCUGUGAUGUGGUGGAGCCUCUGGCUACAGCAGGAGCACCCUGCUCCCUGCCAGGAUGUGAAAGGUCCAUCUGCUGCAAGAGCAGCACUAGGCCAUGCGUCAGCCCCAGCCUGGCCGUGUGAUGCGUUGGCUUGCUGCGGGUGGUCUUGGUGUGUGGAUACAGGUUCUUGCUGGCUUCCUUUGCCAGUUGUAUUGUUUUGUUGGGAAGUGAGAGGGUCUCAUGAAGGGUCUUGAGAAUCAGGGAUGGGAGUGGGGUGGGUUGGGAUUAGUCCCUGGCUUAGGACAGGAGAUGGUAGCCAACAUGUGAAAUUAAAAUUGUAGAUCUGUUUAUUUAAAAAUUCUAAUAAUUCAUCAAACUCCUUAAAGCUUUUGCUCUUCCCUGCCACUCAAAGAAAUGUGUCCCUCUGGUAGGCCUGUGUCAUUUAGCCUUCAGCAUUUCUGUGGACAUUAGUUUUGCAUUCUUUUUCCCAGGCUUGACCCACAGAGACAGAAAGUAGUGCUGGCAGUUUUCCUGGGGUGCCAUCUUACCUCUGGGGAAAGAAUUGUAUGCCAGACAGGGUCCCAGUGGACAGACACAGCACCUUGAAAUUUAUGUCCAAAAGCCCACUUGCUGUUCACAGGUCCUGCCCAAAAGUAAACACUGAUUCUUAUUGCCUGACUCAGAGCAUUCUAAAGUUCUAUCCAAAUAAGUAAAAGAGGAAGAUAAAAUAGAUUUAACUAAGCACUAAGUAGAAUCAAAAAGACACAUUCUUGCAGAAAAAUUCUACCUUUUUGAUACAGAUUGAAAGUGCUUUACAGGAAAAUAGAUCUCCUGAAAAAGGAACCUCAUUGGUAAUAAUAGUUUGCAUUUUUCAAUGAUCUGAAAAUGUUUCAGCAUGGCUGGUGUAAAGAGAUACCACCCUGAAAAGUUCUGUUUUGAUUGUUGUCUCUGGAUCAAGAAGGUGCACUGUGCCAACAAGUACUUUUCAGUGACAUGAAUGGGUCCUAUAAUGCAGUCAGCUGGAGAGGGAGAGUGCUGAGGCUUUUGUGACUGACAAAGGGAGGCUUUGUCCACUCCACAAUUGUUGAAGUGGUGCUAUUUCCUGCUGCACUGGAUUCUGACAGCAAGGCUGGUGUUUUCCCCUCCCUGGCACCAUGAACACUGGCUGUUUUUACUGAUAAAUAUUUGGAGUCCUUUUCUGAUAGGUUGGUUAGAGCCAUGGUCGCAACAUCCUUUAUCUCUCCAAAAAAAGGAAAAAGAAACAAAAGGAGGUUCAAAAACUGUCCUACACACAGAAUAUUUUGUUGGCAUUGAUUUGCUGUUAUUUCUACCAGUGCUAGGCUCAUGCAGGCUUGAUGGAAACAGGUUCUGAAUAUUUAUGGCCAGUACAGAGUCUCUGGCUCAUAGUAAAUCACACGGAGAGGCGGACUGCUGCUGGAGCGACCAUCAGGGCCACCACGCUCGAUAAAAAACACAGCAAUGGAAUUUAUUAUUAUUAUUAUUAUUUCUUUACUUCAUAAAUUGUAGCCAUUGGGAAACACCAGUGAGGUCAUGUGAUCUUUGUGAACCAGGACAAAAUUCUGUGUGUGAGUAUGUGUGUGUGGGGGGGGUGCUUUUGGGAGUCAACCAUGUGAGGUUCUCUGUAGAAGCAGUGCAGCCCGCACACAGCAGCCUGGCCUGUGAUCCCACCACUCCAGAGGCAGAGACAGGAGGAUUUCAAGUUUGAGGCAAGCCUAGGCAACUUAGGGAGCUCCUGUAUCCAAAAAAUAACAAUAAAAUAAAAAGGGCCAGGGACGUAGCUCAGUGCUAGAGCGCUCGCCCAGCACACUCACACCCGGGCCUCCAUCCCCAGCACAAUAAAGAAAUGCAGCCAUAAAACAGCAAAUAUGACAGGAUAGAACAGUUAGUGGGUUGAUGGGUUUGGUUUUCACACGUGUCCACCACCCGUCUGCUCUGGUGGAGAGGCCUCCCUCACUGCUGAGCCUGGGCUGGACCAUCUAACGGGAUCAAAGGGUGAGGGAGUCUCACUCCCUCUGAGGCCACAGAAGGCCCAGGGAGCUUUGCCCUCUGCAUUGCCUGUCCAGCCCCAUGGAACAGGGGGCACCGAGGCCUUGCUUCCUGUGGCCUCUGGGGAGCAGAGUAGGUCACUCACUACCCUCUGGGGGUGUUGUGCAGCAGUUUUGUAAAUGUGUUGCUACAUGACAAGUUCUUCAGGGCAAAAAUUCUGUUUUGAUGUUAGGAGUCGGCCCAUGUAAAGUCCCUAAGGCUUUUACUUAAAAGAAAAAAAAAGUUCUGGGCAAAACCACUCCUCCCCUUUUUCCUUCCCCUUUUUCUUCUCCACAGACAGUGCUUGUUGGAGGCCCCUCCUAAGCCUCCCUAACAGAAAUGUACUCAGUCUUUCGAUCUGGGUAUGCGUUUUGCCAGCUGAACUUCGCGUAUUUCUCAUUUCCAUCCAAUGCAGUACGGCCAUCUUCGGUGGAGUCUCCUCUUCAUCAACUUUUAAAAUAGUUUAGUCUGAGCCACAUUUAUGCUUCUCCUUCAGAAGAAAGGUUUAAUAACCACAUGCGAUUUUUGCCAAAACUAUAUGAUUUUAAUAUUUCUGAAGCAUAUUUCUAAGCCCCUCUGUUUUGAUUUGAAUCAAAUGAAAUUGAUUCGGAAUUGGAAGAAAUAUCUGGAGAAGUCUCUUCUCCACAGUGAUAUGACAUUUGGCUGUAAGAGAAAUGGGAGUUGGCUGUCACUGUUAGUAGAGCUCCGGCCUGUCCCACCUGCAUUUCAGAAGGGCGGUCAGCUUUUGCAGCUAUGGGGGAGGGGAAAUUGCUUCAUGGUGACUGAGCAAUACAAAGUGGCUUUUCUAGUACUUUAAAGAGAGAGAGAGAGAAUGAAUUUUAAUAUUUAUUUUUUAGUUUUCGGCGGACACAACAUCUUUGUUUGUGGUGCUGAGGAUCGAACCCGGGGCCGCACGAAUGCCAGGCGAGCGCGCUACCGCUUGAGCCACAUCCCCAGCCCUCUAGUACUUACUUUUAAGGACUGGAAGAGGUCAGACAUGAGGCUUUGCAGUUCAGACUGCCCCAUUGAGGUGGCAUCAAUUUGGAGCCCUACUGGGCAGGACCUGUCUCCUGGAGGCCAUGCAGCCGCCUACCAGGGCACCUGCCUCAUUUGGAGUAGGCGAGAGAGCUCCCUAGAGUCGAAUUCUGAGCUCUGGGAUGAACUUUGUGAUGGGAACUUCCCUGUCCAGGAGGGCUGUAUUUUCCAUGUCACUCUAGGUGUCAUCCAAACCAGUGAGACAUUUGAGAUUUUAAGGUAAAAAUAUUGCAAAUUAGGGAGCAUUAUUAUUUUUUUUUUUUUUAAAAGAAUUUCUUAGAGAGAGAGAGAGAGAAUUUUAAUAUUUAUUUUUUAGUUAUCGGCGGACACAACAUCUUUGUUUGUAUGUGGUGCUGAGGAUCGAACCCGGGCCGCACACACGCCAGGCGAGCGCGCUAUCGCUUGAGCCACAUCCCCAGCCCCAGGGAGCAUUAUUUACAAGCUGUAAAAGAUGCUGCAGUCCAUGCACGAAGUUGAUCUGAGUGACUGUGGUCCUGGGGGCACUGAGGUGGAGGAGGAAUCCCCAUGGGCCUGACGGCCUUCCAUCCCUGCCUCUGACAGGGCUGCAUCCCAUUUUGACCAGUGUUUGUAUGAGCCCCAGAAAGUCUCUUGUGUUUUGCUAAUAAGCUAAUAACCCUGCAGGAAGCCUAAUCAGGGCAUCUGAGAAAAUGAUGCUUCUCACCUUCAGAUUAUCAUAUAAAUUGUCUUACUCCCUUUAAAAGUUAAUAAAUGAAGCCAGCCAUGGUGGCGCACACCUGUAAUUCCAGCAGCUGAGGGGGCUAAGGCUGAGGAUUGCAAGUUUGAGGUCAGUCUCAGCAAUUUAGCAAGCCCCUGCCUCAAAAUAAAAAAAUAAAAAGGGCUGGGGAUAUGGCUCAGUAAAUAAGAGCCCCUGGGUUCAAUCCCUGGUACCAAAAGAAAAAGAAAAAAUGAGCCACUCAGGAGGCUGAGGGAGGAGGAUCACAAGUUUGAGCUCAGAUUGGACAGCUUAGUCAGACCCUGUCUGAAACUUAACAGUGAAAAAGGCUGGGGAUGUAGUUCAGCAGUAGAGCACUUGCCUAGCAUGCUGAGGCCCUGCUUUCAAUCCCUAGUACUACAAAAAGUAAGAAAACAAAAGGAAGAUUACUUUAUGUUGGUUUUAGCUGUACUCCUUGAGUGAGGCUAGCAAUCACCUGAUUUUGACAUGAAGCUUUUGAAGUAAGAGGUUCUUGUGUGGAACACACCUUACAGUUAUGGCCAUUGAGCCUGAGCUUGUGUUAGAGAAUGGGACUGUCCUCUGCCAGGGAGCUCAAAAGAAGCAGUGACUUGGAAUUCAGCAGGCCAGAGGGGCUCUGCUGAAGAAGUAAAUGCUUUGGCCAAAAAACCAAGAUCAGUACCUGGAAGGUGACAAGAGUGUCACUGCUUAUUUCUCCAGCAGGCGGUGUCCAGUCACUCAGGUCUCCUUAGUGUUCAAAACUGGGAAUGUAAAGCAAACACUUGACUUCUUAUCAGGCAACAGCAGAAAAGACAUUUAAAACCCUGGACGUGGUGCGUUAAAGGAUGUGGAAACAGCCGCGUUGUCAUCUUGUCAUUCUGGUCUGGAAUAAAUUACCUGCUAAAUCGCUCAUCGUCUGUGGGAGGACUGUGCAGAGAACAUCCCAACAAUCUACUGAAAAAUAGUACAACAGCUGUUUCAGGCUUGAAAACUUAGAUGAAAAUCUUCAUAACCCCUAGAAACCAAUGAAGAUGCUUCAGUCCCAGUGGGGGCCCCUCAGCCCAUGGUGCGGGGUGAAGGAGCUCACCAGUGGGAAGUCAUUUUGCCAGUGAGAUUGCCUAUAAAUGCCUUCAGGAAGUAAUCCUGGUUUGGGCCUCUCUCCAAGCUGAAUUGAAAAUGUUUACCUAGGAACGAGGGCUCUACCACUGAGCCACAACCCCAGCCCUGAGCCUUGAUCCUUAUCCUCCCUUUGUCAUGGAGAAAAUGUGUAGGUAAAAUAAUCCGAAGGACAUCUAGUUUGGGUUAUGCAGUUCUGCAGUAAUGCAGAUUGUCAAGACCCAGGAUGGCACAGGGCUGCUACUCCACAUAGAGCCUCCCCAAGCCAGGGCUAGGUCAGGGUCGGGGGUCUUGAAGAGCACUGGAUGCAGGGAGGACUUAGAGACCUUUCUCAGGGAGCAAGAGGCUUGUAUCCUGAGAAUUUGAAGGCGGUCCAAGGGGAAUGACAGGCAUCUGAAUAAACCACAGCUUCCAAACAGAAACUUCCUCUCUUGUGGCUAGGAGCAUUUUUGCUCAAGAGUUUUCCAAAGGGACUCUCCCUUCAGAAAUGUGACUUGCCGCCACUGUUUCACGUAGCCUCAGCCUUCCACCUCUGAACAGACUGGAUGUGUGGCUCAAGGUGCAGGUGCAAGAGGCGUGGCUUAGCUUGGCUUCGGUAGUUCGGAAAUUAUCAUAAAAUAUCUAUCAUAAAAUAUCACUCUACCAUAAAAGAAAUAUGUGGAACGGUUUUAUAAAUGCCAAAUCUGUUCUGUUGUUUCACUGUUUUAUGUCUGAAAAAUUUCAAGCUGGUUUGUAAUCAAAGAAAAGAUUGGUAGUUAAAAUAAGUAAAAUUUCAGUUUGUGCACUUCAAGAAAGAUGUCUGCUGGUUGGCCAUGUGCCAGCACGUUUGGGGAUGUUGGGGGACUAUUGUAAAAUGAGUAAGUGUCACUUAUCCUGUCCGAGAGAGUGAAGUGGAAGCUUGGGAGUGGCAUCUUUAUACCUGCUUUUGCCAGCCUAGCUUUUAUUUCAAGGACCUUGCCUUCCAUCCUGUCCCAUGACUUUGGUAAGGGACAGGCUUUGAGCGACAAGGCCCCAGCUCUGUGUGACCACAGCUGUGGGGUCAGAGGUUCUCCUAAGGGGUUUCCUCACCACAAGCACCUCACUCAGCAUCAGAAAGGUCAGGGUCCGGGACCAUUCCAUUGAAGCACUAGAUGCGCUUCCCGCCUCGCAGGCUUGCUGUCCAGAUGUGGCCUCCUCUCCCCGGAACCCAUGGGAUCGAGGCAGAGAUGCUGAGAUAUAUUGAGUUCAACUUUUCACAAAAGACACAAGUCUGUCUUGUCCCUUUCCCUGGUGCUCAGGCAUUUUGGUUGAGGUAUAAACGGCCAAGUCCACCAGUGUCUCUGGGACUGAGACGCAGCGCCAGGGGCCACCCGCUCAGGCUGUUUCAUGGUUGUAGAAAGUGGAACGACCAGCAGGCUGAGUCCUGGGGGCAGGAAUGACCCUAGAGGAGUGGAACAGGACUGGGGAGUCCAAGGAGCAGCCAGUUCAGGGAAGGACAGGGUAGUGUGGCCACUGAACCUCGGCACCUGGUGCGAGAGAUGAAAUGGGGGUUUGGGGUGCUGCUGCCCUUGCCCUGAUCCAGAUGCAUUUUGGGACUGAUGAGCUGCCCGGCCUGUGGGUUUUUUUCUUUUUUUUCCUCCUUCCUGUCCCCCAAACAACCUUGCUUGGCACUGCAUGGAGAGCACUUUCCCACCUGCACAUGGCCACCACAGGCCUGGCCUCCUCCACAGUGUCUGCCCAGCGCUCCUGAGGACAGCAGUGCUCUCUGGGGGGAUGGAAACUGGCCUCGAGACGGUGAAGUUUCCUGUUCACUUCCCUCCUGUCUCCUCCCCCACAGUGCAGCCAGCCGCGCUGUCACUGUGGAGGAGAGGGGAGCAGAGAAGAAAGGGACGCUGGCCGGACCCCGAAAUAGCCCUAGACAGGUGCGUGGCAGAUGCCAUCCCCCUCCCCCAUAGCAGGACAGCUGUGUGUGGCCCUCCCCUGCUUCACUAACAUACCUCCCUAUGUGGCACCUGCAACAGGGACCAAGCCUCCCCUGAAGUCUAGGGAGAGCUCUGGUACUCCCCGCACCCUCCACUCCGAAUCCCACUCCUUUUUGUAAAAACAAACGCUGGAGCCUGUGAGUGCCGCCCUUCCCUGUGUCCACCGGUUCCUUCCAUGUGAGCCAUGGGGGAGGGCGGGCAUGGGACAUGGGCUGUAAUCCUGUGCCAACCAAUAAAAGCCAGUAUUUCACACUC